GAUAGACCUCAACCUCCGCUCCCCAACUCUUUCCUCCGUACUCUUCUUCCGCUUCUUCUCCUUCUUCUCCACCGCCGGUGGAUAUCCUAUCCCUGAUAUCCCAAUUAUUUUAUCCGUGACGGUAAAACAACAGCGGGGACAAUGCGGCGGCUCUGGGAUAUCCUGGCCGUCGUCGGCGUUUUCGUCGUCCUGGCGGGGUCCAUUUCGGCGACCCGCGCCGCGACCCACACGUACAACAUAACCAAGAUCCUUGCAGAGCACCCGGAGUUCUCGACGUUCAGCCACUAUCUGAGCGUUACCCGGCUCGCCGGCGAGAUCAACCGGCGGCGGACCAUCACCGUCCUCGCCGUCGACAACGCCGGCAUGGCCUCGAUCCUCGCCAAGCACCUCACCCUCGAGUCUCUUCGCAACGUCCUCCGCCUCCACAUCCUCGCCGACUACUUCGGCGCCAAGAAGCUCCACCAGCUCACCGGCGGCUCCGCCCUCGCCUCGUCCAUGUUCCAGGCCACCGGCGACGCCCCCGGCACCUCCGGCUACGUCAACAUCACCGAUCAUCGCGCCGGCAAGGUCACCUUCAUCCCCAAGGACGCCGACGACGGCACCGUCCCCGUCGCCUUCGUAAAGUCCGUCAAAGAAAUGCCCUACGACCUCUCCGUCAUCCAGAUCAGUGCCGUGCUCACCUCGCCGGCGGCCGAGGCGCCCGUCGCGGCUCCGGCGCCGGUGAACCUCACCGAUCUCAUGUCCAGGAAGGGCUGCAAGGCCUUCGCCGACCUCCUCCGCGCCAACUCUGACGUCGAGAAUACCUUCGGCGCCAGCGUCGACGGCGGCCUCACCGUCUUCUGCCCCGGCGACGCCGCCAUGAAGGCCUUCAUGCCCAAGUUCAAGAACCUCACUGCCGAAGGCAAGACGUCGAUCCUCCUCUACCACGGCGUCCCCGUCUACUACUCCAUCCAGAUGCUCAAGUCCAACAACGGCGCCGUCAACACCCUCGCCUCCGACGGCACCUCCAAGAGCUUCAACUACACCGUCCAGAACGACGGCGAGGUCGUCACCCUCAAGACCAAGAUCGUCACGGCGACCAUCAAAUCCACCGUCAUCGACCAGGACCCGCUCGCCGUCUUCGUGAUUGACAAGGUCUUGGAACCAAGGGAGCUGUUCAAGAUCGCCGUGGAUGCACCGGCGCCGGCGCCGGUGGCGAAGGCGAAGGCGAAGGCGAAGGCGCCCAAGGCCAGCAAGGACACCGCGUCGCCGCCCGCCCCCGCCGGGCCGGAGGAGGCGCCGGCAGACAUGAAGGACUCCGACAACGCCGCCGGGAGGAAUGAUGGCAGGUGGGUCGUCGCGGCCGUGGCAACCGUCGCGGCGGUGGCGGCCGUGGGUAUUUACUAGGGUUCCUUUAUUUUUAUCCUUUUCCUUUUCUUUACGAGAAAAAUUUGUGUAAUUAAUUUGGUGGUGAAAUAAGUGAGAGAAAUCUCCGUCGUUGAUUGAUGGAGGGGGUAUCAGUGGAUUGUUUGCAACGUUAAAUCUUAAGUUAUCAUUUUAUGACAUUUUGUAAUUUUACCAUUCGCCAGACUUUGGAUUGUUUUGUAUACUUUGUUACAUAAUAGAGACAGGGUUUGGAGGUAA